AUGGCAACACAAGAUAAAAUAACAAAACAAAGAGCAGCAAGAGCUAAACUACCGGAAGCCAAAAAACGGCGAAAUUUAUUGGCAAAGAAUAAAGAAGCUUCCCGACAAAAUAAGGAAAGACAAGAAGGACUACAGUAUCAAUCAAAUUGUGGACUUUUGAUGAGCAUAGACUAUAAUAAUGUUAAUAUUAACACUAAAACACUGUAUAGUAAAUUGCGUAAUGUUGUUAUUACGUCUGACAAUUGCGGCUUAGUGUAUUUUGACAUAGAAACAUCUGGAUUUUCAAGCACAUCAGACAUUUUGCAAAUAGCAGCGAAAUUUAAAGAAAAAACAUUUAAUGUGUAUAUUAAACCAACGCAGCCGAUUGAUCACCAGGCAUUUAAACUAACAGGGUUAGUAAAUAUCAAUGGUAAUUUAUAUUUAUAUGGUAAAUUAGUACAGUCUAUCACCUUAAAAGAAGCGUCAAUUUCAUUGCUGCAAUUUUUGAACUUUUCAUCUAAAUCUUGCAUACUUGUCGCGCAUAACGCACGUUUUGAUUCAUCUCAUCUUCUUCGAGCUAUUAUAAAUUCAUCAAUGAUAGAAGACUUUCAAAAAAUUGCUGGAGUUUCAGAUACUGUAAGUCUUUUAAAAAAACGCUUUUCAAAUCACAAAGGACCAGAUUUAUUUAAGCUUGAAAAGUUAAUAAGUGACUUUUUACAAGUACAACCAACUUAA